AUGAAUUAAGGAGAUAAUUUCAUGUAAUUUUUCAUCAUUAGAUAGUGAAGAACUGUUGGAUGGUUUUCGUAUAUCUGAAUGCUAAAGUUAAGGAAAUGAAAGUGCAUUUAAAAAUCUAUUAAGUCAAGUAAAAGAGAACAGAAAAUAACUCAGUAAGCAGUUAUAUUAAAAACAACCAUUUUCAAAUGAAUCUUCUUAAUAAGGUUCUACUUAUACAUAGUUUUCUUUGAGUAGAUAGAGCUUCAAUACAAAUGAAGAGAGUGUAUAAUGUUAAAUAGAGAAAGAAACAAUUAAACAGAACUAACUCUAAAAUGUAAUUGUUACAAUUUUGAGAAAAAUAACUGACUAUAAGAAGCAUACAGAUUCUGUUCUAGAAUUAUUAUAAGGAUUUAAUAAAGAUGAUGAAGUUGCUUAACAAGAGGGAAUUUAAUCAAAUUAGUUACUUUAAUAAAGUAAAAAAAAUGCAGUGGAAGCAUAGGAAUAUCAUUAAUUACUGAAAAAUGCUUAAGAUAUGUAAAAAUAAAUCUUACUUGAUAAACAUUAAUUAAUUUAAUAAGAAAUAAAAGAAUUAUAAAAUGAUUAUAUUGAAUAUAGAUUGAAAUAUUAACAGAAAAUUGAAAUAAUCUAAUAAUAAAAAUAAGUUAUAGCAGACCUAGAUGAGAAGAAAGCAAAAAUAUAACUAAAAUAAUAGGAAUAAUCAACAGUAAUUUACUAUGCGAAUACAAUAAAGCUUUUAGAUGAGAUGAUAAAUAAAGAUGAUCCACGCAAUUUAUUUCAAUAUUAAUUUGAACAAAGAUAAUAAAUAAUUAGAUAAAAUAAGAAACUAUCAUAAUCAUAAGCUCAAUCAUCAAAUGCUGCAUCUGUUAUGAAUAUAUUUGCAACUCAAAUAGAAUAAGUAGAAUAAGAAAUUCUUGAAUCUCCAAAAGCAGAAGAAAAAGAAAAAGAUUUGAAAUUAUUAGAAUUAAUAAAGAGUUCUAAUAAUUAAUUAAAUGAAUUAGAUAUAUAAUAAGAUUUAUUAGCUUUUGCAGAUAUAGUAAUUCAAAAUUAUUAAGAAUAUAAGGAAUAAUUUGAUAGAUUAGGAUUUUAAUUUAUAUAAUUAAAUGAAAAAAAAUUUGAACUUUAGUAAAUUAUGAGAGAAACAAAUUAUUGUAAAUAUCCUGAGACAUCAAAUGGUCUGUUACCUUUAAAGUUAUCAGAUAAUUAUAAUAAUAAUUAGAUUACUUUAAAUAUUUUAUCAACAAGUGUUGAACUAGAUUUGAAUGAAUAGAGAAAUGAGAAUGAAGUAAAACGAAUUCAAAAUGCAGUGAUUAGAUUAUUUAAUUUUUUAAGAAAUCAUGUGGCAAGAGUUAACCAUUUAAUUAAACAUAUAUAAGAAUUAAGUGAAUUGGUUCCAUCAACUAUUUUUAUAGUUUUGGAAUAAUUAAAAAAUUCUUUGUAUAUAAAUGAGAUAAUCAGAACACCAACAUAAAAGAAGCCAUCUAUGUUGGCUACAACAAUUUUAGAAUAGAAAUAAGAAUUUGUCCAUGUUAAACAUGCUAAAUUAUUGUCUUAAAAAUAAAUGUUAAAUACUGUUCAUAUUCCUAAGAAACAUGUUCAUGCAUCAAUUACAAAAUUUAAGUAUUUAUAAAUUGUACAAAAAUUCAUUAAGUCACUUCUCUCUGAUGAAAUAGAAAGAUUGUUUAUUUAAUAAGAUAUGGUAGAUGAGUAAAUAAAUAAAUAAUUGUUUUAGAUUAACAAAAGAGGUAUAAAAAUAUUGUGAAGAGAAUGAUCCUGAUGAAGAGGCCUUGAUGAGAUAUUUAGGAACCAAAAAAAUGUUCUUUCAACAUCAUUUAUAAUAAAGGACUAGAGGAAUGUUGAAGAAUGCUCUCUCGAAAUUGGGUGAAAUACAUUAGAAACUAAAAUUUUAAAGUUAAUAACGUAAUUAGUAUUUUUUUAUUUUUAGUUCGAUUAAAAGGUUUAGAUUUUACUGAAAGUAAGUUUAAAAGUGGAUGUGCUUUUAAUAAUAAUGAACUUCAAAUGAAAUCAUGCUAGCGUACAACAUCAAAUCAUUUUGUAUCUAGCUAAUAAUCAUUUGAUAAUGUCUCGAUCAAUCAUUCUGAACAUAGUAAACCUCAUGGAGGGAAGGAUGUAUUUCAUUUACUAAAAAAAUUGACAAAUGUUAAUGAUAUGUAAGAGAUAGUAUAAUAAGAUUCUGAAGAUGUAAAAUAUAAUUUUAUUUAUAUUAGAGUAUAGAUAAAGAGAGAGAUAAAUUAAAAAAAUAAUAAUAUUUUAUCAAAAGUUAAGUUAAUACAAAAAAUAAAACACAGAAAAAUUUAGAUGAUGAUGUAUUUUACAGAUUAAAUCCAUAAAGAUAGAAUCCUAAUAAAGAAUUAAGAAAUUAACUAGGUAUUUUGAGACAUAUGAGAAUUGGUAAAAUAAUUAUUCAUAUAUUUUUUUAGGUGCUGCAAGAAGUAGUUGUUCAAUUGAUUAAGAAAUGAAAUCUGAAAUUUGGAAGAUGACUUGUCCUGUUUAACCUAGUAAAAUAAAAACUCGUAAAGAUACAUUUAGAAAAUUAUUCAAUUCGUCAGAUAAGAAAUAAGUCGAUCUCUUAUCCCAAAAGAAAAUUUAAACUAGAUCAUUUUAGACAAAUCUAAAUUAGCUACCAAGAAAUACUUAUACUUCAGGAGAUGAUGCAGAAGCAAUAUGGAAGAAAAAAUAUAGAGCUAAGAAAAUUUUGAAUGCCAUAUCAGUAAAGGAAAGUUAGAAAGAGAAAUUUGGGUUUUUAGAAGUUAUUUGA